AUGGCAGGCCCGAGAGGCUCACACGUAGUGUUUGUUGGAAAUAUUCCCUACGAGUUAACUGAAGAGCAGCUCACCGAGAUAUUCAAGGAAGUCGGACCAGUAGUAUCCUUUCGACUCGUAUUUGAUAGGGAAACCGGUAGACCUCGCGGCUAUGGGUUUUGCGAGUAUCACGAUGCUGAAACGGCUGCUAGCGCAGUGAGAAACCUAAACAAUGUCGAAGUAGGUGGUCGUCCAUUGCGAGUAGACUACGCUGACGGUGAUCCUGCAGCAACGUCAUCAUCUGCCACAAUGGCAGAAAAGAGUGGUAUUGAGGGAAGGGGCAUGCAGCCAGCGGUACAGCAAAGUUCAUCUUCCCAACAGCCACAGCAAACGCCAUUGAUGACACAAGCUUCGCUUCCGCAAGGGAGCGGUCCGCAACAAUCAGCAGUUGAUACGAUUAGCAAGAAUCUUGCGACGAUGAGUCCAAAUCAGUUGUAUGAUGUUCUUGCGCAAGUCAAGUUAUUAAUACAAAAUAACAUCGACCAAGCGCGAGCCUUAUUGACUCAAAAUCCACAACUAUCAUACGCACUCUUUCAGUCAAUGCUUUUGCUAAACGUGGUCGAACCAGCAGUUCUCCAGCGCGGUCUCCAAUCAAAUAUACAAGCUGCCCCGCAACCAAACCAACAACCAAACCAACAACCACCUUCCCAUCCGCCGCCGCCACCAAUAGUAUCUAAUGUCCCAUUCCCGCAAACAGUUCCGCAGCCGGGUAAUGUUCCACCGGCCCAAUCUCAACCACCUGCAGCAAUGUAUCCAGGCAUAGCUCAACCAGCACCACCGCUGAUGCAGCAGCCGAUACAAUCGAUUCAACCGCAACAAAUGCCCCAGCAGAUGUCUCAGCCUGUGUUACAAGCUAUGCAACAGGUUAUGGGUGUCCCUGGAACAGCUGGCGGUGAUAUGCAAAUACAAGAGCAGAGGAAUUUAUUAUUACAAGUGCUACGACUCACUCAGCAGCAAAUCGAUUCGCUACCACCUGAACAACGAAAUAACAUCAUGCAACUGAAAGCACAGAUUAUGCUCAGUCAGACACCAUAA